AUGCGUUACGUUCUCGUCUCAGGCGGUGUCAUCUCGGGAGUGGGCAAGGGCAUCAUCGCCUCGUCCACGGGUCUGCUCCUCAAGACCCUGGGACUGCGUGUUACUAGCAUCAAGAUCGACCCGUACCUGUCGGUUGAUGCUGGUCUUAUGGCCCCCGCCGAGCACGGCGAAUGCUUUGUGUUGCAAGAUGGCAUGGAGGUCGAUCUUGACCUGGGCAAUUACGAGCGCUACCUCGCCAUCCGUCUGACGGGUGAGCACAACAUCACCACCGGCAAGGUGUACAGGCACGUCAUCGACAAAGAGCGCCGCGGCGAUUACCUCGGAAAGACGGUACAGGUCGUCCCCCACGUUACCGAUGCCAUCCAGGACUGGAUUGAGCGCGUUGCAAAGAUCCCCACGGACGAUUCGGGCGAAGAGCCUGAUGUCUGCAUCAUCGAGCUUGGAGGCACAGUUGGUGAUAUCGAGAGUAUGCCCUACGUCGAGGCAUUGACUCAAUUGCGUCACCGAGCAGGAAGCGGCAAUUUCAUCCAGAUCCACGUCUCCUACGUUCCCACCAUCCACGGCGAGCAGAAGACGAAGCCCACACAGCAUGCAGUGAAGACUGUUCGCAGUUACGGUCUUGUCCCUGAUAUGAUUGCUUGCCGUUGCGAGCAGCCUCUCAUGGAGGCCACGGUCAAGAAGAUUGCCCUCCUCUGCCAGGUCGACGUGCCCCAAGUCCUCGUCGUCCGCGAUAUGCCCACCAUCUACCAGGUUCCUCUCCUCUUGGAGGAGCAGAACCUCAUCCCAUGGCUGCGCAAGGCCGUUAACCUCGACGCCCUGCACAUUCCCCAGGCUCGCAUCGCAGAGGGCGAGGCGCUCUGGAAGACGUGGGCGUCUGUUGUCAGCCGGCCCACCGACGGCGAGAUCAACAUUGCGCUCGUCGGCAAGUACGUCAAGUCGCAGGAUGCUUAUCUGUCCACCGUCAAGGCCUUGGAGCACUCGGCCAUGCACUUGCGCAAGAAGCUCAACAUCUGCUGGGUGGAUGCUGAGCACCUUGAGCCCCAGGCCAAGUCUCAGGACCAGGCCCAGUACCACAAGGCGUGGCAUGAUGUCUGCACCGCCUCCGGUAUCAUUGUUCCGGGUGGGUUCGGCAACAGAGGCACUGAGGGUAUGAUGAAGGUUUCCAAGUGGGCCCGCGAGAACGGUACCCCUUUUCUUGGCGUCUGCCUUGGAUUCCAGACCGCCAUCAUUCAGCACGCCCGUGACUUCCUCAACCUCCCCAAAGCCACGUCGGAGGAGUUUGACGCCUCGGCCGAGGACAAGGUCGUCAUCUACAUGCCCGAGAUCAACCGCGACAAGCUCGGAGGCACCAUGCGCCUGGGUCUCCGCCCGACCGAGUUCCAGCCCGGAAGCGAGUGGUCCAAGCUGCGCUCCCUGUACGGCGAGGUCGACUCCGUGGAGGAGAGACACCGCCACCGCUACGAGGCCAACCCGGCCUUCAUCGACAAGCUCACCGAGACCGGCCUCCACUUUGUUGGCAAGGACGAGACUGGCGAGCGUAUGGAGAUCUUUGAGAUCAAGGACCACCCGUACUUUGUCGGCACCCAGUUCCACGCCGAGUACCAGUCCAAGGUCCUCAACCCCAGCAGACCCUACCUUGGUCUCGUCGCCGCAAGCGCCGGAUGCCUCGACCAGGUCAUCAAGGAGCAGCUCGCGGCCGCCAAGCAAACCAACGGCGUCAAGCACGUCGUUUAA